GCGUCGACCCGAAAACCUCUGGAUGGUCUACGACGUUUGAACUCCCAACCACGAUGGUCUGAAUAUCAAGUCUUUGAAGUGUCGAGAGCAGAAGGGGCUUGAUUUCAACCGAAGUUGCUUCGAAUUCCACUCUCAAACUGAGCAACUGAGAUUGAAUCAACAAAGGGGAUAGUUCGCUCUGCAAUCCGUUUCCAGGAGUUUGGAAGCAUCAUUUUUGCAAUCAACUACUGCCGUCAAGCUUGGUUUUAUAGGUCACCUUCUUUGAACUUAUGAAUUUUUUGGUUUUGAUUUGAUUUUGAGAUGACGGAAAAGCACGAAGACGUUGAAGAUGUAGGCAGUGUGUCUACCGAUUCUUUUAUCGAUGACUCUGAAGAUGAUGGGCCAUCUACAUCUGGGCAGGACGAGCAAUUGCAUCUCGAGGAACCUUUGACAGAGCAAGAGAUAGAGGAUUUGAUGGCUGAGUUCUUGGAAGUUGAGAGUAAGGCCGCAGAGGCUCAAGAAGCACUUGAAAAGGAGUCUCUUUCCAAAGUGGAGAACGAAGUUCGAGAAGAAUUGGCAUUGACUCUUAAUGGUGAUGAUCUUGAAACUGCGGUUGCAAAUGAAAUGAAUAUUUUGGUAGAAGAGUGGGAAGGUGUGCUUGAUGAACUUGAGAUUGAGAGUGCUCAGUUAUUGGAGCAACUUGAUGGUGCUGGUGUCGAGUUACCGAGUCUUUUCAAACAAAUUGAAAGUCAGGCUUCUUAUGGUUGCUAUACUGAAGCUUGGAAAAAGAGGAUACACUGGGUAGGGUCUCAAGUAACUGGCGAUCUUCUUGUAUCUGUAUCUGACGCAGAGAAGACCCUUCAAACCCAAAGGCCUGUAAGGAGACGACAUGGUAAACUUUUGGAGGAGGGCGCAAGUGGAUAUCUGCAGAAGAAAUUCUCCACUCUCGAGAUGGAGGGAAAUGGAUCAGAAAAUUUGGAAGUUGAUUGGUGCUCUCUUAAUAAAGUUUUUUCAGAAGGCUCAAAUAACAAUGAAACAUUAUUCGGCAGCAAGAAUUGGGCUUCUAUUUACUUGGCCAGCACUCCGCAGCAGGCUGCAGAAAUGGGACUAAAAUUUCCUGGAGUUGAUGAGGUAGAGGAAAUUGAUGAUGUUGAUGGAAAUUCUAGUGAUCCGUUUGUUGCUGCUGCCAUUGCAAAUGAAAAAGAGUUGGAUCUUUCUGAAGAACAAAAGAGAAAUUUCAGAAAGGUCAAAGAAGAAGAUGAUGCCAUUUUUGAUAGAAAACUCCAAAUGCAUUUGAAACAAAAGCGAUAUCAGAAGAGAUGUAAACAGGAGGUCUUUCAAAAAGAUGUUUCCACUGUUGAUAAAGUGAUACAAAGAGAUGAAGAGCAGCUUGUAUCUCCGGUUGACUGUUUGAACCCUGUUUUAGAUGAGAAAACUGAAGGAAAUCGAAAGGGCCUCUCGGAUGAUGAAAAUGCAGAUGGUGCUUCAAGUGAUAUUGACAUGGAAGGGUCUUUGGAGAAAACUGCUUCUUUGCAUCCUUCAGCGUUAUCUGAUUUUGUGGAACCUUUAGGUUCAAAGCGUUUAAACGAUACUGAAGAACUGAUUAUUCAAACUAAAAAGAGUCGUACCAAUGGUGUACAUGAGGAUGAAAGUCCCCUGAUAAAGGAGGAUUCUGCUUUCAAUCCAACAACGUUGGACACCCUAUGCAACACCAAACAAAAUGACCAUGGUGCUGAUUCUCUUCCAUCAGAGUGCCUGAAUGAGAAGAUUCGUUGUACUGCGUGUGAUCAAAUGGUUAUUAAAGCGCAUGCACACCCUUUUCUGAACGUAAUUGUUUGUGAGGAUUGCAAAUGUUUGAUGGAUGACAAGAAGAAUGUAAAGGAACCUGAUUGCUCGGAGUGCUAUUGUGGAUGGUGUGGGCGAAAUGCUGACUUAGUAAGUUGUAAAUCAUGCAAGACACUAUUUUGUAUCAGUUGCAUAAGGAGGAACCUCGGUGUCGAGUGCUUGCUCAAGGCCCAAUCUUCUGGCUGGCAUUGUUGUUGUUGUCGCCCAAGUCUCUUGCAAUCCUUGACCAUGCAGUUGGAGGAGGUCUUAGGAUCUGAAGACUUGACCGGUUCUAGCUCUGACAGCGAUUCAGACAACCCACAUGCAGAUAUUAAUGGAACCAUAAGCUCAAAGAGAAGGCGUAAGAAAAAGAUCCGGCGGAUACUUGAUGAUGCUGAAUUAGGAGAAGAUACUAAAAAGAAAAUUGCCAUAGAAAAGGAACGCCAAGAACGUCUAAAAUCACUAAAAGUUCAGUUUUCCUCUGAUUCUAAAAGAAUGAGCUCUGCUGGCUUUUGUGGUAAUCUACCUGAAGGUGCUAGUGCUGAAGUCCUUGGUGAUGCUUCAACGGGAUAUAUAGUCAAUGUAGUAAGGGAGAAGGGGGAGGAAGCGAUUAGAAUUCCACCCAGCAUUUCAUCGAAGUUGAAAACCCAUCAGGUUUCUGGAAUAAGAUUUAUGUGGGAAAAUAUCAUUCAAUCAGUAAGGAAAGUGAAGUCUGGUGAUAAAGGUCUUGGAUGCAUUCUUGCUCACACAAUGGGCCUUGGUAAAACUUUUCAGGUUAUAGCAUUCUUGUACACUGCAAUGAGGAAUGUGGACUUGGGUUUACGAACUGCAGUUAUAGUCACCCCUGUUAAUGUGUUGCAUAAUUGGCGGCAAGAAUUCUUUAGGUGGAAACCUUCAGAAUUAAAGCCUCUUCGUGUUUUCAUGCUUGAAGAUGUGCCAAGGGAGAGGAGGGCAGAGUUGCUUGCUAAGUGGAGAGCUAAGGGUGGUGUCUUUUUAAUUGGUUAUAGUGCUUUCCGCAAUUUAUCUCUUGGUAAACAUGUCAAAGACCGGCACAUGGCCAAAGAAAUUUGCCAUGCCUUGCAGGAUGGACCUGAUAUUCUUGUAUGUGACGAGGCCCACAUGAUUAAGAAUACCAAGGCUGAUGUAACCCAGGCAUUGAAACAAGUGAAAUGCCAGAGGAGGAUUGCAUUAACUGGAUCACCACUACAGAACAAUCUCAUGGAGUAUUAUUGUAUGGUUGAUUUUGUGAGAGAAGGUUUCCUGGGAAGUAGCCAUGAAUUUAGGAAUCGCUUCCAGAACCCUAUAGAGAAUGGGCAGCAUACCAAUUCAACUCUGGAAGAUGUUAAAAUAAUGAACCAGAGGUCUCAUAUCCUAUAUGAACAGUUGAAAGGGUUUGUACAAAGGAUGGACAUGUCUGUGGUGAAGAAGGACUUGCCGCCUAAAACUGUCUUUGUGAUAUCCGUUAAACUUUCUCCCUUACAGAGGAAGUUGUACAAAAGAUUUCUUGACGUGCAUGGUUUUAAUAAUGGCAAAGAUUCUAGUGAACUGUUGAGGAAGAGGAGCUUUUUUGCUGGAUACCAAGCACUUGCUCAGAUUUGGAAUCAUCCUGGAAUCCUCCAAUUGACAAAAGAAGACAAAUAUUCCGUGAAGCGUGAAGAUGCUGUUGAAAAUUUUCUUGCAGAUGAAAGCUCCAGUGACGAAAACAUAGAUUCUAAUAUCGGCAUUGGAGAGAAGCCAGCCAAUGCCAAUGGGAAUCAUCAGGAUAAAUAUGCUGGUGGCUUUUUCGUUAAGGAUUGGUGGAGUGGUCUGCUUCACGCAAGUAGUUACAAGGAGCUGGAUUACAGUGGAAAAAUGGUUUUGCUAGUAGAGAUCUUAACUAUGUGCUCUGAAUUGGGGGAUAAGGCGUUAGUAUUCAGCCAGAGCAUUCCUACGCUUGACCUAAUUGAAUUCUAUCUUUCAAGAUUGCCCAGACGAGGGAAGAGAGGAAAAUUCUGGAAGAAGGGUAAAGAUUGGUAUAGGCUAGAUGGAAGAACAGAGAGUUCUGAAAGACAGAGGAUUGUUGAGAGGUUUAAUGAGUCUCUAAAUAAGAGGGUAAAAUGUACCCUGAUAUCAACUAGAGCUGGAUCAUUGGGUAUCAACCUUCAUUCUGCUAACCGCGUCAUCAUAGUCGAUGGCUCUUGGAAUCCAACUUAUGAUCUUCAGGCUAUUUAUCGAGCUUGGAGAUAUGGCCAAACGAAACCUGUGUUUGCUUACCGGUUUUUGGCGCAUGGAACAAUGGAAGAAAAAAUUUACAAGCGCCAGGUAACAAAGGAGGGACUGGCUGCAAGAGUUGUUGAUCGCCAACAGGUAUACCGAACGAUUUCUCGGGAAGAAAUGUUGCAUCUUUUUGAAUUUGGUGAUGAUGAGAAUCCUGAGGGUGCCACUGAGUUGGACCUAGGAAAUGGACAUGAACCUCACCAGACUAUGACUGGGAAUCACGGCAAUGUGCUGAAGCAGAAAGGGCCUCUUUCACAUGGAAGUUGCUCAUCUGAUAAGUUAAUGGAAACUUUACUUGGCAAACACCAUCCAAGAUGGGUUGCCAAUUACCAUGAGCACGAAAAACUACUCCAAGAAAAUGAAGAGGAAAAACUAUCUAAGGAGGAGCAAGACAUGGCAUGGGAAGUGUACAGAAAAUCAUUAGAAUGGGAGGAAGUCCAAAAAGUUUCACCAGGCGACACUACAGCCGAGCAAAAGCUAACCACAUCGAUCGUCACUGGUCCAGCACCCAAGACCAUCGAUCUGGCACAAUCAAGGGCAAGGAACCGAUUCAUUACUCGUAAAUGCACGAAUCUUUCUCACUUGCUGACACUCAGAAGCCAGGGAACAAAGGUUGGUUGUAGUACAAUAUGUGGGGAAUGUGCACAAGAGAUAAGCUGGGAAGAGCUCAACAAAGAUAGCAAGAAGUGAAGAACAGCUUCUUCCACCAUUUCAUCUAUUUUAUGCUCAGCUAUUAAAAAGCUUCUUUAAGUAAGUCCAACUCUUCUAACAGAACACAGCAAUUUCUUUUUGGAAUAUGAAGCCCCAACCUUACCCUCAUUUAUUAUUGCCUUUUCUUUUCUUGUUUUUAGUUGGGGGAUGAAGUUCUUAGAGAAAAGGGUAAUAUUCAUAUUGUUUAGUUGAAAUUAGGUCUGUAUAGAUCUGUUUUUUAUGAUCACCGACUAUAAGUUGAAUGGAAUAGAAUAGCAGCAAGUUCUUGUUGCAUUUAGGUUCAUUGCUCCGAAACCUAUAAAUUUUUAGGGGGAAUCGUUGACUUGUUUAGAAGUACUGUAGUGAAAGGAAGAUAGGAGUUUGUCGCUCG